ACAAAAUUUUACCUCUAUUUAACGACUGUACAUUGAUUACAACGUGAUUACUACUUUCGAUUUCGGUUGAGCCGACUAUUCUGGGAAUUAUCGCCCCUAACACUUUCGUUUUCACACGCACGACUAUUCUAGGAAUUAUCGCCCCUAACACUUUCGUUUUAAUACGCACAGUUUGGCGAUGAUCUUGAUUAGUCGGCCCUCUGAAUAAAUCAUUAUACCUAAGCUGUCAACUUGCAGUGUCCUGUGUGGUUAAUUAAUAAAACCCGCAUUGUUGUUUAUUUAACAAAAUCAAGGAUCAGGGAAUCAAGGCUGGUGUAUUUGAAGGUGUGAAUUUUGACAAACUUUAAGAAGUGCCGGGUAGGCUAGAUCGGAAAUGAAAAUCUACCACUUAUUAUACCAUUAUGUUCAACAGAGUAAAAAAUUUGCCCGAUUGCGAUAUAAAUCAGGUAAAUAUUGUGCUCAGGACUAAAAUUUUAAAUGGAGUAUUCACAGUUUUCCUGCAUGAGAUACUAGAGGUUUCCAGAAUAAUGACCGGAACUAGCGGCUCACUUCGACAUGUCCCGAGUAUUUGACAUGUCCGAGUUCAAGAAAAUUGCCUGCAUUAGUUCUAAGCUUAAAAGAUUUGCUGUGCAUAUACAAUGGAUAUAUUGUAAUUUAUUUAAUGUUUCUCAAAUUGAAUAACAUUUUUCCAGCACGUAUUGUACAAAAGGAGACGCAACACUUCACCAUUUGUUUUCUUACCACAAGUGCUGCAUUUUUUAGUUACACUGUACAAGUAGGCUAUACAUGAAUACCCUUUACAACAAAGUGUUUAUAAGUUUUAGAAAAUUUACAUGCAGUUCAUAAAUAAUUUUUAAAUCUCAUGUAAAUGUGUAAUAUGAAAUGCAUGAAAAGUUUAUCAUUCUUAAAUAGAUUAAAUGUAAUUUUGAUGAAUAAAAAAUUAUGAUACAACACAUUGUAUUCUAGAUUUUUAACUACAGUGUAUUAUUAAUUUUAUUUUACAACUAUUAAAACCGUACUUGAUAUUCUUAAUGAUAAAUUCCAAAUACAUGUAGUCAUUUACUCCAUUUAUGUAUAAAUUAUUUGUGAAAUUUUAUCCAUUAACUGCGGAAAAUAGGCAACCUGUAUUAAGAGACCACCUGUCAUAUGUGACCUUUUUUCCAUUCUCCGUUGGACGGUCUCUUAAUACAGGUUGACUGUAUAUACCAAGUUUGGCCCUGCCCUAGAGUCAUCAGUUUUUUGAGAAAUGGCCAAUAUUUGACAGUUUUUUCCCCACCCCUAAGGCCACGGGGGAGCAGGAGUCCUGAAAUUUACAAUUCAUGUUCCCCUUGUCCCAAAGAUGCUUCUUACCAAAUUUGAAAAGAAUUGGAAUGGUAGUUUUCAAGAAGUUAAAAUUUCUAUUGUUUACACAUUAAAACUGACCAUUUUGGCCCCACCCCGAUACCAAAACCCCUACCCCUGGGAUCAUCAAAUUUACAAUUUUUAGUUAGUGAAAGACAACCUGCUCUUUCUAAAUAUCCAUUCAGUUUCAAUUUGGUAUCAAUAGCACUAAAGAAGUUGCACAUUAACACCAUAUACCAAGUUUAGCCCUACCCUGGGGUCAGAACCCCUACCCCUGGGAUCAGAAAUUAUAAUUUUGGUAGAGGCCUUCCUGCUCUACAUCACUAUGCAUUUAGUUUUCUUACACAUGUGCGGUUGUAGAGAAGAAGAUUUUUGAAAAUUGAUCAAUUUUGGUUAAUUUUUGCCCCGCCCCUAGGAGUCCUGAAAUUUACAAUUUAUGUUCCCCAUGUCCUAAAGAUGCUUCAUACCAAAUUGAAAAGAAAUGGAAUAGUAAUUAUCAAGAAAUUAAAUUGUUCAAUUGUCAAUGCAGGGUGGAUGACUACCAAUUGCAAUAGGUCACUUUAGUUUACGCAGGUGACUUAAUAAAAGACACCACAGAGUUGUCUACUUCUGGUUCAUACAAAGAUGUUUGAUUGAAAAUAGAUAUUAAAGGACACAUGACACAAAAAAUCAUUUGUCUGUAAUCAUUGUCUUUAUAAUCCUUAAGUCAGAUUCUCACAAUGAAUCUGUUAAACACGCAUCCGUUUCACAGCUAAAGCUGUAACACUGUACUGAUAAGCAGCCUGACCUCAAUAUGCAUAUUCUAAACCCCAGAGAUUGAAAACAGUCGGGGUGACGUCAGAGAUGAGCUACAGCACAGAGAUGCUAAAUGCUUCUACAGAAGAGAUACUAUAAAUCUUUCUUAUCACUGAUCAAGACAAACAGUUUCCCUAAUUACCAGUAAUGGGUUAAAUGCUAAGUCAUAAACAAAGAACAUGCACACUCAUAUUUCUUUGUAUCUUAAGAGUUAUUCAUAUAGUUUGUAAGGAUGCCGUAUUGUGCUGUUUAUAAUUGUUCAACCUCUUCAAAAGUGGACAAAAAUGUGUCAUUUUUUCGCUUCCCAAAAGAUGCAGGUCUUCAAAAAGCAUGGGUACAUUACUGUCGAAGAAGAGACCUUACAUUAACCAAAUGCAGUAAAAUAUGUGAGAAACACUUUACGCCAGAUCAGUAUUCUCGUUAUCCACCCCGUUUAGCUGAGUUAGGUUAUCCUAAUGCUCGUGCUCAGUUAAAAGAUGAUGCUGUACCCGAUGUUGAGUGGCCUACCCAAGGUGAAUGUUCAACUUCAUCAAAUACUGAGAAAAAACCAUCUGGGUAUGGUGCAUAUAGAAAGCGACAAAUACUUCAGGUAUUAAAAGAGGCUAUGAUAGAAAGUGAUGAUACUGAUCUCAGUGAUCAUAAUGUUGCAGAAGAAAGUGUAAAUGUAGAUGCAGAUGUUUCUGAAACUCAAGCAGUAACCCCUUCAUCUUUGAGUAAUGUUUCUGCAGAAUUUGAGCCAUCAACAGUUGAUAAAGCCAUCCAGGUGUUUAUUCCUGACAAUAAAGUCAAAACAAAAACAAGAAGAAUACAAACAGGAAAGUCAAAAAUAGGUUUCAAGACAGUUGAUACUGAAGUUCAGUGCAGUGAAAUUCAAUACUGUGUUAAGUGUGGUCACACUGGUCUAGAAGACAAUACAAAUAAUGCAGAAAGUCAAAAUUAUAGGGUCUAAUUUCUUCUGGAGCAAGGGAAAAUCCUUCUGAUAAGUCUUCAGCCAUUGUAUUGAAUACGUUACGUUACGGUGAGAAUUUGCAAGAAGCUCACCUCUGACGUAUAUAACACACACGUGACUCUUAUCUCAUUAACUGUCAGCACUGCUCCGAGAACUGCUUUGGCUGGUGUUUACAGAUUACUAUUUCCAGCUGUGCCUUGUUAUCAGAUGCUUGUUUAACAGAUUCAGUGUGAGAAUCUGACUUAAGGAUUAUAAAGACAAUGAUUACAGACAAA